UUGCAUUAUUAUCAUUUGAAAUCCCUUCCAAAUAUACAGCCAAGUCAUCGACCACCAUGUCCGAAGGCCAUCACCACCAGCACCACCGUGACCACCACCAUCACAAAGAAAAUCCGGCCUGCGAGAUUGACUACAAGAAGGAAGAGAAGCACCACAAGCAUAAGGAAAAUCUCGGAAAAUUAGGAGCUGUUGCUGCUGGCGCCUUCGCAUUGCACGAGAAGCGCAAGGCGAAGAAAGAUCCAGAACAUGCACACAGUCAUAAGAUAAAGGAGGAGAUUGCAGCCACUGUUGCAGUUGGAGCUGGUGGAUAUGCACUUCACGAGCAUCAUAAAAAGAAAGAAGCAAAGAAGAAACACCAAGAGGCUCAUGGAAAGAAGCAUCACCAUUUCUUUCACUGAUAUAUAUAUAUAUAUAUAGCUUAUGAAGAAUAUAUAUAUAUAUUGAUCUGGGGAGCUCAAUUUCUUGCUGGAUUUGUUCUGUACUGUACUAUAUAUAUGCUCUUCUGAUUCGUACAAGGUAUUACACUAUUCAGUGUUCCUACACAGAGUAGUAAUACCUUGCAGUAUUAGGAG